AUGGUAAUUCUAGGAAAGGAAUUACAGCAAUUGAUUGUUUCCUCUUCGUCUGACUACCUCCUGCCACCUUCCUCACCACCACCAGCAUCCUCAUGGAAUAUUGAGCCAAACUCAAUUGAGGUAGUCAUCACGGGUGGUUUGCGUAUUCUCGAUAAUUUCCCAGGACCCAUCACAAUGUCUAACUUCAAAAUCUUGAGCCUCGGUUCACGCUUGUCGUACCACGAUGGUUCUGAGAGUCACUUUGGUGAAGUGGUGUCGCAGGAUCAGUUCUCGGCACAUGUUUUUAGUUAUCCAGAACUGGCGAAUGACGGUGGAUGUUUGUACCGAUGCCCAAAAGAUCGUGUCCAAAAUGAAGAAAUGACGACGAAUGCAAUCAGCGACGUCUAUGAGGAUAGAGGACUCUUCCGGCUUAUCCUUGGGCCAAUGAAUAAUCCGUCUUUCAAGUAG